CUUCCUGCCCCUCUCUAAGUCCACUGAUAGGGGAGGUCCUCCUCCCCUUUCAUCUGACCCUAGUUUAUCAGGUCUCCUCAGGACUGGCUGCAAUGUCCUCCUCUGUGGCCUGGCAAGGCUGCUCCUCCCUCAGGGGUGGGGGUGGGGUUAAAGAGCCAGCCACUGAGUUCAUGUCAGAGACAGUUUCUCUUUUCUUUUAACUUAUUUUAUUUCACAUUAAUUGGUGUGACGGUGUCAGAUCCCCUGAACUGGAGUUACAGACAAUUGUGAGCUGCCAUGUGGGUGCUGGGAAUUGAACCUGGGUUCUCUUAACCACCGAGCCAUCCCUCUAGCCUGGGACAUUGUCUUAAUUGAGGUUCCCUCCUUUCAGAUGACUCUAACUUGUGUCUAGUUGACAUGAAACUAUCCAGCACAGUGGCCCAGGCUGACCUUGAACUCAACCAUCCUGCCUCAGCCUCCAGGUGCUAGGACUACCAGCAUGAGGCAUCCAGUAAGACAGGGCUGAGUCUAGGGUUGUAUUGGCAGAGUCUGAGGUAACUGAGAACAAACCAGGUUGUUCUUCCUCGGCCUCUUGCGUUACUCUUUGGUUUCGUCUUGUUGUGUUUGUUUAUUUAUUUAUUAUUAUUUUUUUUAGGUGGGGGCAUUUUCAUGGAAAGUUUUGUUGUUUUUGAGACAGGGUUUCUCUGUGUAGUCCUGGCUGUUCUGGAACUCUAGACCAGGCUGGCCUCCAACUCACAGAGAUCCUUGCUCUGCCUCCCAAGUGUUGGGAUCAAAGGUGUGUGCCAGAACCACCUGGUGCUCCCUGUAUUCUUUAGGACAGGGUUUCACUCUGUGGCCUAGACUUGCCUAGAGCUUGCUGCAUACUCCAGGCUGGCCUGGAACUCUUGAGCUUCUACCUUGGCCUUCUGAGUUCCGAGAUUGCAUUCCCGUCCUUUCCCAGCAUGCCUUCUCCUCUAUGACCAGCAGAGGGACCCCUAAGCCACAAGAAGACAAAACAACCUGGCUAGAUCGUCCACCCCUGACCUGCGGUCUUCACACACUUCCUCUGCCUCCUUAACUUGUAUCUAGUUACAGUGCAUUUGGUUAAAUAUAGGUUACCCAGGCUGGUUCGGACGUUUGACCCUACUUCAGCUUCCAGAAUACCUGUGGUUACAGGAAGACCUGGGCUACCAUGCCCAGCUAUGAACACACUUCUGUAUUCUGGAGGUCGGAGGUCUAGUAUAGGGCAUAUAAAGCUUAAAAUAUAAUCAUAAAUGUAAAAGGAGAGAGGCCUGAAGCCCCACCAUCUCACCUUAACGAGUAAUAUUUUCUUAAAUAACUCACUUAAUUUUAUUUCAUGUGUUUUGCUGUGGAGGUGUCGGAUCCCCUGUCAUGUGGGUGGGGACAUGGGGACUGAACCCGCGUCCUCUGGAAGAGCAGCCGGUGCUUUUAAUCACUGAGCCGUCUCCCCAGCCCAACAAGGAAGAUCUACUAGGCAGCUGUGGGCAGCUCUUCCACUUGCACUCGACCCUGAUGUGAGGUUCCCAGAGACCCAUGAUCCUCCAUUUACAGUGAACUCGUGUCCAGAGUUUAGGAGGACCCACAAGAGGCUGCUGCCAUAGGCCCCUCACCCCAGGAUCCGACCUCUGGAGCAAAGGACGCCGGGGAGGGGGCCUCAAUGGGUUAAUUAUUAACCCCUGCACCUCUGGUCACCACCGGAAGGGAAAGGCCACCACCAGCUAGGUGAGGUGUCAGCGAGGGCCAUGGGGGUCUCACUGACGCCCCCAGCCCUGGGGCGCUGGUCCCGCCAUGCAAUUCCUUUCUCUGUCUUCACGCUGCUAUGUCUUUACAUCACUCUGCGGCUGUACCGUGAGAGGCCCCUGGCAUUACUGGCUCAGAGACCCCAGCCGUCCGGCCUGUCGGGGCUGGAGCCGCCUCCUCCUCCAGUCCUCACCACCCCGUUUCGCAUCACCUCAGGGGUCCUACCAGGCUGCAGGCCCGGGGCGCAGCCCUGCAACCCAGAGGCACCCCUACCUUCCCAGGUUGGCCCAGAACUGAGACCCCUGGCGGCCCCUGAGGAGGAAGAGCCUCCCUGCCUGCGGCCUUGGGGCGUGCUGGGUCGCGUGGUGAGCCCCUUCCUGGCCUGUAUGAGCCCCGAAGGGGACGUGGAGCUGUCUCAGUACACGGCGGGGUGGAAGGAGCUACUCAGGUUCCUAAGCCCCCUCGGCCCCGCCUUCGCCUUUGCCACCAGCGAGGCCUCCAACAAGGUGACCGCCCUGGAGGCUCGCGUGCACGGCCCCGACGCUGCGCACUACACGUCGCUGGCGACUAUGGCGACGUGGGAGCGGCGGGCAGGGCUGCUGGAGCCGCCCGGGGCCGCCCCCCGAGACGCAGGCCGGCCCUCGGGCUCCCGGACGCUGCUUCUGCUGCACCGCGCGCUGCGCUGGUCCCAGCUCUGCCUCCAGAGGGUGGCGACGGGGGCGCUCGGGGGCCCGGACGCCGGCGCGCAGUGCCAGGACGCCUACAGCAGCGCCCUGGCCGCGCACCACCCCUGGCUGGUCCGCCAGGCCGCGCGCCUGGCCAUGCUCGCCCUCCCGAGCCGCGGCCGCCUGCUGCAGCUGGCGUGCCCCGGGACCGGCGAGGCGGACGCGCGGGCUGCCCUGGCCCGGGCCGCCCGCGUCCUGGAGCACGUCUACAACCGCACCCAGGGCUUGCUGGCCGGCCACGACCUGCUCCAGCUGGCCUGAAGGGCCCGGCGGCCGGAGACACAGCGGGGGGCGCGGCCGCGCUCUGCGCGCUCCGGGGAGCGGCUCUCCGUGACGUCACGCAGCCACGGCCCCGCCCCCAGCAGGGCGGAGAGUCCUUGGGAGAUGCUCGCGUCCGGAGCCUCACGGAUCCCGAGGAAGCAAUGAGGAAUAAAGUCCUGUGGUGGCCGUCGACGUCGGGCGUCAUGCGUGAUGGCCGCAGGGCUGGCUUGCCGGGGAAAAGGUGGGAAGACGUGUCACCCCGUUCUCGGCAUCUGGAAGACUCCCCCGGAGCGCAUUUCGGCUCCCACGGCCGCCAGCCUGUCCUCUGAGCCCCCGCAGCAAACGCAACUGGGCCACCCGCGCGCCAGCGUCCUCACCAGAGGAGCGGCUCCUUCUGUGCCCGGCUGAAGCCUGUGCCUCGCGCUCUCCGCAGUGUUUAUGGAGGUGUCCUCGGUCGCGCCCGUCCCAAUGCGCAGGAAAGAAUUUAACCACUGCGUAUACUAACUCCCAAAUGCUCUUUAUCCGGCUGGCUAUGUGGCAUUUUCACUUGGAUGCCAACUGCGCAUAGCACACCUAGCAGGUUCAGACCAGUUUCUAAUGCCUCCUCCUCCCCCUCCUCCUCCUCCUCCUCCUUUUGUAUCCCUCCAUAGUCAUGGGAGCUCAGUAAAUAAUAAUAAUAAUAAAUCUUAAAAAGCAAUGCAUUGAUAAAGGAUUUGGGGGUAUUGUUGCAGAAAUACAACCAAAGGAAAAAAAACAUGAAUAAAAUAAAAAAAUGAAUAAAUUUGACGUCAUCAAAAUUUAAAACUUGGGCUGGAGAGAUGGCUCGGUGGCUAGGA